AUGGCGUCAGACACUUGGGGCCCUCAUCAUAUCACCGACAAUGAUCGUGGUCCUUUGGUCACGAUCAUUGCGAGUCUAAUGAUGGUGUACAUGGUAUUUUGUUUCCUUGCAAGAAUACUCACGCGAACCACAAUCAAUGGGCCAUUUGGUUCUGACGAUUGGGUCAUCACAGCCGGCACGGCAGUCGCAAUUAUACAUUCGAGCGCCAAAUUGGUAGAAGUUCGUGAUGGCUUUGGAAAGCGGCUAUCGGAUUUGGAAGACCAAGAUAUUCUCAACAUUCAAAAGUAUCCCACCUGGGUUGGCGUUGAAACUUCCGGGAUUGGAGUGGAACUCCUGCUGGCACUGCUUCCAGCGUAUAUUGCCUGGGUUGCUGCAUUGCGCAUUUUCUAUCUCCGAAAACAAAACAUGUUGGGUGACCCGUUUUUCUAUGGGGUAGACCCCUCUGUUUGCAUGGAGAUCGAACUGCAUUAUGGCCUCAUCGCUGCGACGAUCGCAUGUCUCAAGCCAUUCGUUAAGUCAUUCAACACGGGAUAUUUGGGUCGCCUAGAAAUCAUUCCGGAUGCUUUCAGAGACACAAUACCUUUACAGAAUUAUAAGCCCCCGACAAUGUCGGGGGGGAGGGAUAACCCGUCCAUUGGGGAAGGUGGCGCUCUUUCCAUAGAAACGACAUCGGGGAACAUAGAAACUAUAACUGACACCAGAAGUAUGUAA